AUGAGCAAUAUCCCAACAGGAAUGAUUAAAAAUUCAUCUUCAAUAUGUUUUCCACAAUUAACAUUUUUAACUAUCGAAGAACUUUGUGAAACUGUUGAUGAACUUGAAUCAUUACUCUUAUUAAUACCAUCACUUGUUUAUCUAAAAUUAAUUGGUGGAAAGAAAAUGAUGGAUGAAUUUGAACUUAAUGUAUCUUAUCCUAAUUAG